CGGCCAGUUAGUUUUUUAUCAGUGCGAAAGACGCACGUAAGAUAUUAUGUAUAAGAAAAUUUGUACAUAGUUUAUUUUAAAAUUUAAAUUAUUUUUUUUAAUUUUAUUAUAUAGCUUUUUCAUGUUUUGGUUUCGUGGUUUGGUUAAGGCUACGUAUCUCUAUUUAUAAUUAUUAUUUGGAUGAGUACAUACGCAGUAUCGAAGAUCUCAAUAUUAAAGGAAAAUGCAUUUAUUAACCUUUUGGUUGUGUUUAAUUGUGUCUCAGUUGAGUUUUAGUGGAGGCAGUCGGCCAAACAUAGUAUUAAUUGUAGCUGAUGAUCUGGGUUGGGACGACGUGAGUUUUCACGGUUCAGACCAAGUGUUGACGCCCAAUAUAGACCUUCUGGCGUACACAGGCGUGGCCCUGGAGCGGUAUUACAGCCAUUGCAUAUGCACACCAUCACGCUCAGCGCUGCUUUCAAGCAAGUUUGCCCAUGUCACAGGCAUGCAAGGCUAUCCUUUGACAAAUGGAGAGGAUCGAGGCUUACCCUUGACAUUGAAAAUAAUGCCACAGUAUUUUAAAGAUUUGGGUUACACAACUCGUCUAGUUGGAAAAUGGCAUGUGGGUCAUUCGCGGACAGAAUAUUUGCCAAUGUCUCGAGGAUUUGACAGCCAUUUCGGACACAGAGGAGGCUACAUUGAUUACUAUGAAUAUCUUUUGAUGGAGAAUUGGAGUAUUGGAGAAGUAUCUGGAUUGGAUUUAUACAGAAACAUGACGCCGGCUUGGGACGAAAAGGGUUACGUAACAGACCUUUAUAAUGAAGAAGCCAAGUCAAUAAUAAAAUCGCAUGAUAAAGCACAGCCUCUAUUCCUGGUGGUGGCUCACAACGCGCCGCACUGCGCUAACGAAGGGGCUCCCUUGCAAGCGCCUCCAGAAGAUGUGCGUGCUAUGCGCCACGUGGAGUCCCCGAAAAGGAGGAUUUAUUCGGCUAUGGUUAAAAAGCUAGAUGACAGCGUAGGUGAUAUUGUUAAAGCGCUACAUGACAAAGGUAUUUUGGACAACACAAUUAUCGCGUUUAUAUCAGAUAAUGGUGGAAUAACAUCUGGAUCAUCUGUUAAUUACGCAUCCAAUUAUCCUUUAAGAGGCCUCAAGUUAACUCCGUUUGAAGGAGGCAUUAGGGUAAAUGGAUUGGUAUGGAGCAGGAAUUUAACUGGAGCGAAUCACCUAUGGAAAGGAUAUAUGCACAUAGUUGAUUGGAUGCCUACUUUGAUACGGGCCGUUGGCUCGGAUCCACCAACAAACAUUGACGGUAUUGACCUCUGGGACAAUAUAAUAUCGAACAAACCUUCCAAGCGAAAUGAUAUAUUUGAAAUCGACGACUAUACCGGUUUCGCUUCUAUUAUACAUGGUGAUUUCAAAUUGAUAGCAGGCAAUGUGUUGACAAAUUAUAGCAAUCACCAAGGGAAAGAUUUUCGAGGGAUGAUAGGACAUCCUCCGUCAUAUGUAGACGCAAUUAAAAGGAGUAAAAUAUAUUCUGUGAUACGAGACAUGGAGAUACCUUUCACGUUUAACGAUACGAAUUUACGCAACGACAUUAAAAUAGAUUGUCGAACGAAAGAAAUUUAUAAAGAUGUUGAGAUUUGCUAUCCAAAAAAUGGAAAACAUUGCGUAUUCAACAUAAAGGAGGAUCCCUGUGAAACGAAAGACCUAUCGGACUCUCAGCCAGAUGUCGCCAAAGAAUUGUACUCUCGUUUACAAGUUGAAAUUAUAAGGACGAUUCGGAGGCGAGUGCCCCUCCAUAGAGAUUUGAGAGCUGCGCCGAGCUUACAUAAUUAUACCUGGACCACGUGGGCUAACGGAAUCUCAUCUUGAGUAAUGAUUAAGAAUAAAACGUUAUAUUAUGUUGAUGUACAUUUUGUAAAUAUAUUUAUCUGUAAUAUUAUGUUAUAAGAAUAAAAAUAGAUUUUUAUUUUAUUGUCGUCUUAUUAGAACGUUACGAAAUAUUCAGUUUGUUCUAUUUUUGGAUCGCUUUGACACAGUUAAGUUAAUGAAAUUAAGCGAAGGGCUUACAAUGUAAUUGUUAUUAAAAAGAUAAUUUUUUUUAGUAUUUACA